AUGAUGAUGAUGCGUAACGUGCUGUUUGGUUUGGUUCUUUUACUAUGUUGCGUUUGCGUUUCUGUGCUUGCAGCUCAAAGUAUAGAACCUCAGGAUAGCGGUGCACUGGGUGGUCCAAGAGCUUUGGAGUCUGAGGCUGAUACUGGGCAAGACGAUUUGGCGACAGAAAGAUCUAAACAUUGCGCUGAUGAUCAAACGGAAAGUGAUUCUUGCAAAAACCAAACCGCAGAAGAUUCAGUUCCAAAAGGUGAUGAAAGGAAAAACUUAAACACCGGAGAUAAUACAGUUCGACAAACAACGUCCUCAGUGGGACCUCGUCAACCCACUACUUCUGAU